AGCCGAGCAGAAACGCCCAUCACCGUCAUGAAGAUCAUCGUAACUUUAGCGUUGUGCCUCAGCUUUGUGGCGAUCACCCUAGCGUCACCAGCCCCACAAUCGAUGACCACAUUCGAUGUCAGUGUUUUGCAAAACGCUGAAGUUACGCUCGAGGCGGCUGAUACGGCACUGACUGCAGCAGCCAACGCGAACGUUACUGGCUUGUCCCAAGCGCUGAAAACUAGCCUCGAUGCUGCCGUUAAGAAUCUGAACACCCAAAUCAGCAAGAUGAGCCCGUUGUUGUUCCAGAUUGCCCUCUUCGGGAAUUCCGACACCAGCACUAAGAGUUUGAAAACUAUUUCGGCGUCCAUCAAUGGAAGUAUCAAUACCAUUCAGUCGGUUUUGGCUAAGGUUGGAUAAGGUGGGU